CAAAUAUACAAGCCUCUCUUUACACUUGCGAUUGUUUAUGGCACCUAACUGCUACAAGUCCGAGUAAAAACUACAACUCAUUUUCUGUCGGCCAUUUUCGGAACUCCAUACUAUCCAAUCUCAUCAUGACUUCUGAGAUACCGAUUCGCACAAAGCCAACUGGUCUUUCCACCCGCGGGGCCAGUGCAAGUGAGUCAGGGUCGAAUGACAUCCCAACUUUGUGGGAAGUAUGCGCAAACCUCUGGGAUCCGAACACGAAUCCGGAGGGGUACGUAUCCCUAGGAUGUGCCGAAAAUGCUCUUAUGCACGGAGAGUUGCGAGACUUCAUCAACGAAAAAAACCUCGUAGACACAAAUGCGAGGGCUUUCACAUAUGGCGAUGGUCCUUUCGGCUCUAUUCCGGUCAGAAAGGCUCUUGCAAAGUUCUUCACUGAGCGCUUUGGUGCCUUCACCCCCGUGGACGCGGAUCAAAUUGUGGUAACGAACGGAGUCACAGCCUCCAUCGAGCACGUAGCAUGGGCCUUGGCCAAUCCCGGCGAAGGAAUUCUACUUGGAAGACCGUAUUACAGAGCGUUCUUGCCGGAUAUUACGCAGCGCCCCAAUGUCAACGUUGUCCCGGUAUCCUUUGGUGAUGUUAAUCCCUUGUCGACCGACUGCGUGCGAAAGUACGAAGAGGCUCUGCUGGAGUCGAACAAACAAGGUGUCAAAGUGCGCGCGCUCAUGCUUUGCCACCCACAUAAUCCAUUAGGACGUUGCUAUCCAAGGGAGACUAUCAUUAGCUUAAUGAAGCUCUGUCAAAAAUACCAGAUCCAUCUCGUUAGCGACGAAAUUUAUUCUCUCACCGUAUGGAAGAAUACCGUGGAUCACUUUGAGAAGGAACCAGUAGGCUUUGAGUCUGUACUUUCGAUUGAUCUCGAUGGCAUCAUUGACCCCGGUCUGAUUCACGUACUCUGGGGCACCUCAAAAGACUUUGGCGCAAAUGGUAUCCGACUUUCGGCCAUAAUCUCGCAAUCAAACCCGAGAUUCUUAGCUGCAUGUCGCUCACCUUCUCUGAUGUCGGCUCCUUCAUCACUUGCUGAGAAUGCAGUUACACACAUCCUCAACGAUGAGAAGUUUCUUGACUUUUACAUUAAAACCAACCAAGAGCGUAUAUCAAAAGCCUAUGCUUUCGCAGUCAAGAUGCUCAAUCAGUAUGACAUUCCGUACGCGCCCAAUGCCAAUGCCGCUUUCUUCCUGUUCAUCAACCUCAGCAAGAAGCUGCAAGAGAAACAUCCGGAAUCUGUUGUAGAUGGGGAGCCGCAUGCGAGCACGGCUCUUGUGUACAAACUGCUUUUGGCGAAACAAGUGUAUGUUGUGAGCGGCGAUGAAGCAGGUGCCGAAGAACCCGGCUGGUUCCGCUUGGUAUUUACACAACCCGAAGAACUGGUAGAGGAGUGCAUCAAGAGAAUAGCUGAAGCAAUGAAGUAGGGUAUUUGACUCUAUGUUAGUCUUGAUGAGACAAGCACGUACUAGGUUUGAACAUGAGAACCGCUUGGUUCAUAGCCGCUUGAAGAAGUACAUCAAGUAAUUAGUCAUGACGAUCAUCAUCAAGACACGCUGUGGCAUCUGGGUAUCUAUUUAAAUUAGUUAUGUACCGUCUCCAUAUCGGAGAAUGUCCUCCCAGUCUAUGUUAUACCACAUUUGCUCCUCAAGAAUACUAUCCAGGAGAUCUGAGCUUUUGGGCGCAAAAGCUGUGUCCUCAGGUAUGCUUUGGUCUCCGCCAUUCGACGCCGAUUGUACGAUGCUCGAUUGACCUUUUCGGCGAUUGUCUAAAAUCGUUCGUGCCAUUGUUUCAAUAUCUAUC